AUGCCGCUCAUCACCUCCCUGGCCUUUGCGCCAGUUCUACUGAAGACGGGGGGAGCGACCCUGGCGACAACAGGCACAUCUCUAGCUGCUACAACCACAGCAGCAGCAGCAGGAGGAGGAGCAGCAGCAGCAGGAGGAAAGGUCCUCGGCCUCGCAAUGAUCACGAAGGGGGUAUCCAGCGCAGCCAAGAGCGGUGCCUUCACCAAGGUGGGCGGGGCAGGAGCAGCAGCAGGUCAUGCGUUUCUUACUACAACCCAAUCAGCAGCAGCAAAUGGUGCUGCAGCACCAGCAGCAGCAGCAGCAGCAGGGUCAGUGCCCGGUGCAGCGGCGACAGCUGGUACUUCAGCAGCACAAGCAGCUCCAGCUGCUGCUGCUGCACCCAUAAUAAUGGCAGGAGCCCCAGCAGCAGAGGCUGCAACAGCUGCUACUGGUGCAGCAGCAGCAGCAGCACCUGCAGCUGCAUCUGCUGGUGGAGUUGCUGCUGCAGCAGCAGGACAUGCGAAACACUUUACUAUGAUUGCAACAGUUGUAGGUUUAAUGGCUUUAAGAGCUUUAGCUAAUCGUUACUGGCUUUCUCCUCCUGCAACAAACAAAAGUAGAUUGGUGCGGCGUGUGACGCGGUGGUCAAAAGAAGAACAAAUUCAGGUUGAGGCGGACGAGGAGUUCGGUCAGAUACCGCAGUUACCCUUUAAGGAUGAGAGAAAGCCAGCAGCAGAAGCAGGCACAGGAGCUGCUGCUGCUGCUGCUGCUGCUGCUGCUGCUGCAGAAGCAGCAGAUGGAGGCAGCAGAGCAUCUGCUGCAGGACGCACAGAUGCAGGACUCACCGAUAUUGAAACAACAGCAUCGACACAAGAAACGAGGAGACGUAGAGUCACAUACGUACGCAGAGGGAGAGGAAAGCUGCACAGGUUCUUAUGA